UUAGAUGGAGAAUAGGCUCAAAGCACAGUUCCUCCCCCAGCAGUGCAAGGCAGAAGAGAACAGCACUGUCACUUUCAAACCGUCCUGGCAUAAAUGCAGAGGAAGGAGCAAAGAGCUUUAGUAGUUUAGAACUCAUCUCGAAGAUCCUGGGCUGUUAUGAGGAAUAUGUUUCCCUGGAAGCUUCUCCUAUUUCUUUGGCAAAUGGAAUGUAUGGGGUGGAAGAAGUGUGAAGACAAAUGAAGUACCGCUCCUAAGAAGUGCUGGGUUUUUAUUUGCACAAUGAGUAUUAUAAUGAAGCCGCGAUCCCGUUCCACCAGCUCCUUAAGAACCGCCGAUGCAACCUGUUUCGACGUAGACAAUGGCACCUCAUCGGGACGGAGUCCCUUGGAUCCCAUGACAAGCCCUGGAUCAGGGUUAAUUCUCCAGGCUAACUUUGUUCACAGUCAACGUAGAGAGUCCUUUCUCUACCGGUCAGACAGCGACUAUGAUCUGUCACCAAAGUCUAUGUCCAGGAACUCCUCUAUUGCCAGUGAUAUACAUGGAGAUGACUUGAUUGUGACACCGUUUGCUCAGGUGCUUGCCAGUUUACGUACUGUACGGAACAAUUUUGCUGCAUUAACCAACCUUCAGGAUCGAGCACCUAGCAAACGGUCACCCAUGUGUAACCAACCAUCCAUCAACAAAGCAACUAUAACAGGUACAGAAUUGCAGCGCAGGUUGCAACGCAGCAGAACUUCCUGAUGGCAAAGUGUCCACUUCCCCCAUGCAGGGGGCCUUAAAGCUACUUUUCACAAUUUGUAACUUUAUUUUCCAAGACAAAGGAAUUAGCUAAUGAGCAAGCUCCCUUCUUUUACUUUUUACACAAGAUGAACAUGCAUAUUCUAUUAUAUACUGUAAUAGUGUACAACCUAUUUAUACGAGCUGAUCAUUCGCUCAUGAUGUAAAGUUGGCAUUGUUGUAUAACACUGGUGCAUAAUUUGUUAAUUAUACCCACACAGUAUUUUAAUAGAUCACCUUUACCUAAAUAUGGACUAUGAAUGUAAAGAAUUUUGUAUCUCUUCUUG